AUGCUAAGGUCAUCGAGGCGUCUCGCGUUGCGGUGCCUCUCGACUGCGACUGCGUACGCGUAUCCUGCUCUUGCUCCUCGUCAGCUUCAGUUCGUGACAUCGAACGAGAUUGACCGCCAUCUGUUGCAUGGAUUAACCUCUGCAGACGACGAUACGCGGCCUGUGAACCUCAUUCAGAACGAAGAAGAUGCACGUCGUGUACUGGAGAAAAUCAAAGAGCUGGGCCCUAACCAUUACCACGCUUGCGAUACGGAAGUGGCACAGAUUGACAUUAAGGCCGUGGGUCCAGUCGGUAACGGGAUUGUCACGUGCCUGUCACUUUAUAGUGGACCUGAUGUGGACUAUGGCAAUGGACCAUAUGUCUGGGUAGACAAUUUAGACAGUGCUGAAGGGACAUUGCAAUACUUUAAGGAAUUUCUAGAGAGUAAAAGGUACAUGAAGGUCUGGCACAAUUACAGCUUCGAUCGCCACGUGCUGUUUAACCACGGUAUUAACGUCCAAGGUCUUGGUGGGGAUACAAUGCACAUGGCGAGACUUUGGAACACUGCCAGGUUCCAGAAUGGAGGCUACUCGUUGGAAGCUUUGACGGCAGAUUUGUUACUCCAAAGGAAAAAACCAAUGAAGGAGCUAUUUGGAAUCCCAAAGUUGAAAAAGGACGGAUCGAAAGGAAAAGAGAGGAUCAUGCCUACAGUCGAGGAGCUACAGAGGUUUCCAGAUUUCAGAAAGAGGUGGAUCAGGUACAGCGUAUACGACGCAGAAAGCACGUGGUUCCUGCAUCGUGUUUUGCAGCAAAAACUGGAUCAGACGUUCUGGUCGGAGAAACCUUUUCCGACAGAAGACGACAACCCACAAACUGGAUCCAUGUACGACUUUUAUCGUCAGUAUUUUAUCCCGUUCGGCGAGUGUCUGACGGAUAUCGAGCGCAACGGGAUGCACGUGGAUCUUGUCUAUCUAGCGGGUGUGGAGAAACAGGCGCUGGAAGACCGUGCUCGUCUUGAACGGCUCGUGUUGAAGUGGGCGUCGCGUUACUGCGACGAGAGCGAACGUAUUAAUUUAUAUAGCGCUGCGCAAAAGCAGCAACUGCUGUUUGCGCCGUAUUUUGAUCAUAAGAAGAAGAAACUUUUGCUGCCUGCUGAACGAGAGUUUGAAGUAGAAAACACGGAAGGUUACAUUGAAGAGGGCAAACAGAAGGCUAAGAAAAAGCGCAGCAUCACCAUUCAUGGUUUGGGUAUCUCUCCUACGCAUUUUACGGCGAGUGGACUUCCCGCAGCUAGCGCUGAAGUGCUGAAAGAUCUCGCAGGCCAUCCUGAGGCAGAUCCUCCAAGCUACGGUCGGGCAUAUAGUCAUUUCGAGGACAAAGAGGAGGGAGCUGCAGCGUGUGUGGCACUGAAGGCACUGUUUGACAUCAGCAGUAUCAACACCAUGCUCAACAACUUUAUUUUACCGCUUCAGGAGCUCGCAGAUAGCAAUAGCCGUGUCCACUGCUCGUUGAAUCUCAACACUGACACAGGCCGGUUAUCAUCACGAAAGCCGAAUUUACAGAACCAACCAGCAAUGGCGAAGGACCGCUACAAAAUUCGUGAUGCAUUCACGGCUCCGGCAGGCAAGAAACUUAUUGUAGCCGAUUAUUCGCAGCUAGAACUACGGCUCAUGGCUCACAUUACGCAGUGCAAAGCUAUGAUUGAGGCGUUUAAGGCUGGUGGCGACUUCCAUUCACGCACGGCCAUGGGAAUGUAUCCUUACGUGGCGAAAGCUGUAGAGGAUGGCGAUGCACUGUUGGAAUGGGAUAAUUCGUGUGGUGAGGAGCCCCCUGCUCCGUUACUUAAGGACAAGUUUGGCAACGAACGCAAAAACGCCAAAGUACUUAACUUUUCGAUUGCUUACGGUAAGACUGCUUUUGGCUUGUCUAAGGACUUCAAAGUUUCUCGUAAAGAGGCAGCGGAGACUCUGGAAAAAUGGUAUGCUGACCGAGCAGAGGUGCGCGAUUGGCAAAAGAGAGCCAUUAACAUUGCGCGGACAUACGGCUACACCCGCACGCUACUGGGGCGGUAUCGCCGGCUUCCCGACGCUAUGCUAAUUGAUGACAGUAUGUCAUCGAAGAAGUCAAGAGGUCAUGCAGAGCGUGCUGCCAUCAACACACCUAUCCAAGGUGCAGCUGCUGAUGUCGUUAUGCAGGCCAUGCUCCUUGUGCAUCAGAACCCAAGGCUGCGCGAGCUUGGUUGGAAGUUGGUAUCUCAGAUUCAUGAUGAAAUCAUUGUUGAGGGACCCGAGGAGUCAGUAGAUGAAGCGAUGAAAAUUGUUGUGCACUUGAUGGAGAACCCGUUCGAGUCGCCUUUGUCUGUAGCCCUUGAGGUGGAUGCUAAGGUCGACGAUUCCUGGUUUAAGGCGAAAUAG